AUGUCCGCCCUUACUGAAUUCCACCUCUUUCCCACCCUACCCAGCGAAUUGCGGAUCAAAAUCUGGGAGACUGUCCUCUCGAGCCCUCGAAUCGUCCAUAUAAACUGCGAAAAAGGCGUCAUCAAGUCGAACCAACAGCAAACACGCUUCAUCAAAUCAUUCCUCUCCAGUACACCGAUUCCCCCAACUCUACAUGUCUGUCGCGAGUCGCGGUACGAGGCCUUGUCUAUCUACAAAACACACUUCGCAACCUUCAAGUCCAAUUAUACGCCGUACCAUAAGACCUUGAAGGCACCCAAUUACAUCUAUGUUGCGUUUGGCCAGGACACAAUCCGAUGCAGUGACAAUCUGCUGGAGUAUUUUGAUAAUGUUGAACUUGGGAGCAUUGAGAAGAUGAUACUCGAGGUGGCAGAUGCUUCAUGCUUUGGACAUUUCAAUAUGGAGGUUGUCAUGGGUAUGGCGCGAUUGAAGGAACUGGAAUUGAAUACCGCCGAAGGACUUCUGACGGAUUGGAGGGGCGACAGUAAAGCCAUUCUUAGCAGAGACUUUGAGAUUGCAAAGACGAACAAUCCGGGGUGGGAGAGUCCACGAGUUCGUAUUACCAGUCGAACGACGGGGGAGGAUCUGAAAGUGCUGGAAAGAGGCGCUUUAAUCCCAGGCUGGGUGCCAGGAGACCCGAACACGUUCCUGGAUUAA